AUGAAAUACUUCUUUCCCCUUUUGACUUUGGCUGUAUUGGUGGUGGCAUGUAACUCUGCCGAGGUACAAAAGCAAAAUGGUGCAAGAAUUAAUGCUGGCUGGAUACGACCUGGAGAUAUUUUGUUAACUAGGAGGAACGUAUUUAUCAAUGCCAUACCAAAUGUUAUCCAGUCCCAAGACUUUAUAUACCGUGGUGCCGCUACUACAUUUAUUUCGGCAAUCAGUGCUUACCAAGUGGGAUGGAACCAGUACGCAACUGCCUACAUUAUUGGCGGAGGUAUCGGAUCUAACAACGUGACCAUUAGAAUGCAAACUGCAAGAGGAUACGGAUUCAACUUCAACAUCGACAUUUAUGGUCGCUAU